CCACAGUGACGCAAGUGUUCUGACAGUGCAUGUCAGCAGCCAGACACCUCUCAAAUUAUCAUUAGACGAGCGUCAGUUGUGUCUGUUUAACUGCUCACAUUCUCACUCUGGACUGACACUUUGUCGGAAGUCGGGUUUGGUUUGCGCUAACUGUUAGCAUUGCACUCGGAUACCUGUGACGGGACGAUGAAAACGCUCGCGUUUGUCCUCUGUUCUCUGGGUUGCUUUGGAGCAACACAACAGGACGAAACUAAAGGUGUCUCCAGAAUGUACGUCAAGGAGGGGGAAGAUGCCGUCCUUCACUGUUCUUCUGUAGAAAGCCUUGAGAACACGGUGGUAGACUGGAUGAACCAAGAUAAAAAAGAGGUGUGCCUCUACAAAAGAGGCCAGCACUGUGAUGACAGCCAGGCCUAUCAGGACGAGCAGUACAAAGGACGAGUGUCACUUUUCUAUGACAAGCUGAAGAAUGGAAACGCAUCCUUGAUCCUCAACGACACAAGGAUUGAAGACACGGGGAAUUACACCUGCAUACUUCCACAUUUGAGUUCUGGAAGCCAAAGCUCCACGAUUGAGCUCUUCGUUGAGCGGGUCUACAAAAACCGAUUUGGACUUAAAGAAGGAGCCGUUCAUGUACCAUACCUCAAGAUUGUUAAAGAGUCAGAGGCCGGCGUGGUGCUCCAGUGUGUGGUCAGAGGUUCUUCAUCAAAGCCGAGUGUAGAGUGGCAGACGUGUGAAGGAACCUCUCUUAAUUCAGAGGAGCCACUGGUCUCUGAGACACGAGGCCGUUACGACACCACGCUCCUCGUCACUGUGAACGAGACGAAGACCAACUGCUUCCGCUGCGUGGUCAAACAGGAGGACAUUUACCACAGGAUUGAUGAUAACAUCAUUGUGUCAGAGAAACUCUUUGAGAAAAAGUCCUGCAAUGUUAUUCAAGAUCGCGUUGCUGAAGAUCGAGUUACUCCUGGCAGUGAUGCAGGUUUGCUCGUAGGCGUCUGGUUUUCUGGAGUCGUCAGUCUCGCGUUCCUUCUGGGUUUAGCUCGGGCUCUGUAUCUGAUCAUCAAAAGCAGGAAACAGCGCCUAAAUGUCAAGAAUGUGGAAAACGGUAACCAACGAGAGAUGGAGCACAAGACCUCAGAUCAAAACAUUGGAAACGGAAGAACUGACACCAAGAACAUGAGGAAUGGAACAGUGAAGACAGAGAAGGAGAAGCUCAUGUCCAGUGACAGCUCAGCUUCAGCUUCAUCAACGUGAAGUGAAAAAUACACUGACUACAGUCUAUGUUCAGAGUAGUCAAACUCGAAUGACCUCGGGGCCAAAAGGAGAAAAAAUCCCACUUUGAAUGUAAAAAUAACACUAACUCAUAUUUGACGGUGUUUUAUGUUAUGUUGUUUGUUUAUUAUGUUUCCUGUGCAUGGGUCUGUGUGUAACAGUUGAUUGAUUCCAAAUGUCGGAUCUAAAAGAUCGACACAGAGCUGAUGGAACAGCAAUGAAUCAUCCAAAGAGAUUUUUAUAUCUAGUUUUAUGAAAGUGAACUUAGCUCCAGCUGUCAAACAGGAGAGAAGCUAAAAGCUGCGUCGUUCGCUGUCAUCUAUAGAAUUGUUUUAUUUUAUAUUUUUACAGCUUUAAUGAAAGAAUUUCUACAUUUUUUUAAAUAUGUUUUUGAACAGGUCAGUUUCUUGACGCAUGUUCAAGAAGUGUCAGUGUAGCCUGAGCUGUGAAAACAUUUCUUCUGCUCCGAUAUUCUAUAUUUACCAUGUGUGUGCACUUAUUAGUCGUAAUUUAGUGCGAGAAUUUAAGUAAGUAAAUAAAUAAAAGAUGUAGACGAACGUAAUUUGUUAUUGAUGCAAAAUACAAAGUCACCUGUGAGGUCGUUAUCGUGAGCAUCAUGAACAGAUGCUCGAGCAGUGGUCACCAACAUGUCACCUCACUUGCAUGUAUCCAUAUGAUCACUCAGUGAAAUAUCAUUGCUGUCGUUUAUAAAAACCUGUGCUAAUCGUUAGGAGUAAUCACUGGAAUGAAUGUGUUUGCAAUUGAAUGCAUAAUAUUCAUCAUUUAAAUGGUGAAUUGCAUAAGAUGUUAAUAUGGCAGCCGCACACAUUAUUCUCUACCCUUCAGGUUGCUCUCAGUCUCAAAAAGGUUGGUGACCCCUGUGCUAGAGAAUUUAAAAAUAAACUCUUUGUC